GGUUGUGUGUUCCAUUAAAGUCCUUUGGGGGAAAAUGGUCUCCUCAAAAUGGUUCUUCUUCCUUGUUGCACUGCAAGGACUCGUGAUGUCGCCGGGGGAGGUGGCCUACCCGUCGCCCUUCCCACAGGAGAAAGAAGCUGAUUAUUGGUAUAAACUGGCCAAGGACGAUAUUUACGAGGCUCUUCACCGACCGAGGAAUGAAAAAGUUGCUAAGAAUGUCAUUCUCUUCCUUGGUGAUGGACUGGGCAUCACGGUGGGCACAGCCAGCAGGAUCCUGAAGGGGCAGCGCCAAGGGUAUUCAGGGGAGGAAGGGUAUCUGUUGUGGGAAAGGUUUCCUAAUAUCGGUUUGAUUAAGACUUACAACAUAGACAAGCAAGUGUCGGACAGCGCAGGAACAGCAACGGCGUAUCUGACGGGCGUGAAAGGGAACUACAGGACCCUGGGCGUGAAUGGGAACGUGGAAGAAGAUGACUGUGCAGGAUCCCUCAAGCCAGAGAACCGGCUUGAUUCCAUCCUGAAGUGGGCUCAGGAUGCGGGGAAGGAUACAGGUUUAGUCACGACAGCCCAGGUAACUCACGCGUCGCCAGCUGGUCUCUACGCCAAAACACCGAGCCGCUAUUGGCAGUGUGACACCAAGAUGGCCAAGGCAGGAGAACAUACGAGAGCUUGUAAGGAUAUCGCUCGCCAGCUUGUGGAGGACGAGCCAGGAAGAAAUAUCAAUGUGAUCUUCGGAGGCGGGCGGCAGGAGCUCGGGGCGCCCACCUUAGCGAAAGCCAAAGACAAGUGCCAUAGGUCGGACGGGCGGGACCUGGUGGAGGAGUGGGUGGCGGCGAAGAAGGAGCAGGGGAAGACGGCCGCUUACGUCACGUCGGCCGGGAUGCUGCGCGACCUGGAGGUGCAGGACGUCGAUUACAUCAUGGGGCUCUUCGGGGAGAUCCACCUGCCCUACGAGAUCGACGAGGAAGAGGACGCCCCUUCCCUGGCGCAGAUGGUGCAGGCGGCCAUCAGGAGACUCAGCAGGAACAAGGAGGGAUUCUUCCUCAUGGUAACAAGCUUUGGAUUUGUGGUUGGGAUCAUAAUCGCCUUCUCUUAUGUCCAUCCGUGUCUCUGUGUCAUUGUCGCUAUGUCUCUCUCGGUCCCUGUGUGUCUCUGUGUCAUUGUUGCUAUGUCUCUCUCGGUCCCUGUGUGUCUCUGUGUCAUUGUUGCUAUGUCUCUCUCGGUCCCUGUGUGUCUCUGUGUCAUUGUUGCUAUGUCUCUCUCGGUCCCUGUGUGUCUCUGUGUCAUUGUCGCUAUGUCUCUCUCGGUCCCUGUGUGUCUCUGUGUCAUUGUUGCUAUGUCUCUCUCGGUCCCUGUGUGUCUCUGUGUCAUUGUUGCUAUGUCUCUCUCGGUCCCUGUGUGUCUCUGUGUCAUUGUCGCUAUGUCUCUCUCGGUCCCUUUUUUAACAUCAAUCGUUAAUAGAAAUGAACGAGAGAGAGAAUGUUUAACUGUACAUCUAUCAUUCUAUUUCUUCACCCUGCUAGGCGUAGUGGAAAACAACCCUGAUGUAACAGACGGAAUGCCUUACACAACACUCAUGUUUACAACUGGCCACGGGUUCAACUACACGUGGGAUGGCGAGAAGGUGAUGCGUCGGAACCUGACCGGCGUGGACACGAAGGAUAAGGAGUUUGAACCCCUUGCAGCCGUCCCCACGCUCUUCGGGGAGGAGACGCACGGCGGGGAGGACGUGGCUGCUUUUGCUGUUGGUCCCAUGGCACACCUCUUCCACCGCAUUCACGAGCAAACAUAUGUGGCGCAUGUGAUGGCCUAUUCCUCAUGCGUCGGUCCUUACAGCUACUGCGACAGACCGAAACAACAUAAUCACGAUGAGGAGGAGAAAGGUACUGGAGAACAGGCAGGUGAACACGAGCAUGGCGAAGAACACAACCAUGCGGAACACGUUGGGAGCAAUCACGGCAUGAAUGAGGAAGAUGAACACGCCGAACAUAGUGAAGAACAUGGGGCUGAACAUUCAGAAUCCACGAAGACAGAAUCUGCCGAAAGUGAACAUGAAGAACACUCAGGUGAACACGAGCAUGGCGAAGAACACAACCAUGCGGAACACGUUGGAUGCAAUCACGGCAUGAAAGAGGAAGAUGAACACGCCGAACAUAGUGAAGAACAUGGGGAUGAACAUUCAGAAUCCACGAAGACAGAACAUGCCGAAAGUGAACAUGAAGAACAUCGUCCUGCUGGUGAGUACGACCACGCCAAAGAUCACGCGACAGACCACGACCAUCAUGAACACCACAUCGUCGAGAUCGUGCCACUAGAACAGGAGAACGAUCCAGAAAACGAAAAUAUUCCCCAAGAAGAAGAGGAAGAAGAUGAAGAGGGAGAGAAGAGCAAGAAUAAGGCAAAAGACGAAGAAAACGAGGAAUCGGACGAAGAAAACGAGACCGGAGGAGGAAAGAACCAAGUAAAAGCCACAGAAAAUGAAGAUGAUGAUGAAAACGAAGUAAAGGAAGAAGAAGAAGAAGAAGAAGCAGAAGAAGCAGAAAAAACACCCAGUUACAUCAUGAAUAAAAUCAAAGCCCCAAGAGAGCGAGGAGCUGCAUCUUCCAUCAUUCUUAAUUACGUUUUGUUCCUUUUAACAACAUUUAGUGCAAUUUGGAUGGUUGGGUAACACUGAGAAUAAUUAUACCAUCUAAUUGCAUCUUAGCCAGUUAGAUGGUUUAGCUGUAAGGAUCCACUACAUAUAAUAAAUACGAACGUACAUUUA